GUCAGCCUGGGAUUCACCAAGUCAAACGAGCUCUUCGUCUCCCGCGCUGCCAUGAUCGGUGUUGCCACCUCCAUCAUUGGAGAGCUGCUGACAGGCAAGGGAGCACUGCAGCAGCUGGGCUUUGAGACAGGGCUGCCAAUUCAAGAGCUGGAUGGAAUCGUCCUUUUCAUCAUCGCCUUCAACCUCAUUGCUGCCCUCCUCCCGGCCAAGGGAACGUUCGUGCCAGACGAGGAGGAGCUGACCCCCCGGCCCAAGGGAGCACUGCAGGACAGCAAGGUGUCACUGGUGACCCCUGGCAAGUUCUUCGGCAUCAAGGGCCUCGGCUUCACCAAGGCCAACGAGCUCUUCGCAGGCCGCCUGGCGCAGCUUGGCUUUGCGGCUUCUCUGAUCGGCGAGGGCCUCACUGGCAAGGGCAUUCUUGGCCAGCUCAACGUUGAGACUGGUAUCCCUCUGAAGGAUGUGGAUGCUGUGCUGCUCGUCUUUGGAGUCAUCCUCCCCUUCCUGGCUGCCAUCAACGAGGGCUCUGGCAAGUUUGUCGACGAGGACUGA